AACAAGAGGCAUGGACGUUGCAGUGGCUCUCUUCACAAUCAUCCUUCUCUUUUAUUUCUUUAGUGCAAUCAACAGCAGGUAUACCAGCAGUUCCAAAAUGUCUUUCUCCAAAGAAGUCUUGACCAAAGUCCAAAAUCUCAUCAACUCAAAUCACAUUUUUAUUGCCUCAAAGACAUACUGUCCAUACUGCCAGGCUACUCUACAGACCUUUGACGAUUUGAAACAAAAACCUUAUGUAUUGCAAUUGAACAAAAUCAGCGAUGGUAGCGAGAUUCAAAGUGCUUUAAAGGAAAUCACCAACCAAUCUACUGUUCCAAAUAUUUUCAUUGAUGGUAAACACAUCGGUGGUAACUCUGAUUUGCAACUGUUGAAAUCAAGUGGAAAGUUGGAAAGAGUUUUAAAAUUAUAGAUCAUUACCGAUGUAUUCAUAAAUUCAUAGGUUUUUAUAUUAUUAUCUAUAAAUUACAAAUUAUAUAUUUCACAUUUCACAUUUCACAUUUCACAGUGGGUAUAUAUUUUCCAGAAAGUCUCGUUUAAUCCACACUAUUUAUUCAUAGUACAAGUUCAACCCUAUUUAAUGUAGGCAGUCCAAAUGAAAUACAAGUAAAAUGCAAAUUGAAUGCAUAGUAAACAAAACCUAACUUCAUUACUUCAUUUUUAAUCCACAUUAAAUAAUCAUUUUUCUAUUUCCCGAAAGUUUCUUCAAGUUCCCUUUAGCUUAAUAAUCACAAACUGUAUUUGGUUUUAAUAAGUUAAACAUCGUAGGCACUUCCUAUUUGGUGAUAACUUUGUGCUGGGCUCCCAUUGGUC